GUUGUUCGCCGUAUUAAAUAUAAGGCCGUUGCAUAUCCAUGCCUUUUAUCUUGCAAAAAGGCUCCAACUCUUUCAGCUUUAUCGUUCUCAACUAGCUCUGUCUCUUUAUCAUGGCUCAAACAACUCCGAACCAUACCCAGACGGUGGCUGGCUGGGCUGCUCAUGAUUCGUCCGGCAAGAUUACACCUUACACAUUCAAGCGAAGAGAGAACGGCGUCGAAGAUGUGACCAUAAAGAUUAUGUAUUGUGGGAUCUGCCAUACCGAUCUUCAUCAUGUGAGAAACGACUGGGGCAUCACCAUGUAUCCUGUUGUUCCUGGGCAUGAAAUUACUGGGGUGGUUACGAAGGUUGGAAGCAACGUAAAGAAUUUCAAGGUAGGAGAUAAGGUGGGGGUUGGAUGCUUGGCAGCAUCUUGUUUGAAGUGUGAGUUCUGCAAAAGCUCGCAAGAGAACUACUGUGAUCAGCUCCAAUUCGUGUAUAAUGGCAUCUUCUGGGAUGGCAGUAUCACUUAUGGCGGCUACUCUGAAAUAUUGGUCGCAGAUCACAGGUACGUGGUGCACCUACCAGAGAAUUUGUCAAUGGCUUCUGUAGCGCCACUCUUGUGUGCGGGAAUAACAGUGUUCACUCCUUUGAAAGACAGCAAUUUGAUAGAGUCACCGGGGAAGAAGAUCGGAGUGGUUGGUCUUGGGGGUCUUGGACAUGUGGCAAUCAAAUUUGGGAAGGCAUUUGGUCAUCAUGUAACAGUCAUCAGCACAUCUCCAUCAAAGGAAAAAGAAGCUAGAGACCUUUUGGAUGCAGAUGACUUCAUCAUCAGCACCAAUGAAGAACAAAUGAAGGCAGGCAGGAGAACCCUGGAUUUUAUACUGGACACAGUUGCGGCGAAGCACUCUCUUGGCCCAAUCUUAGAAUUGCUCAAGGUGAAUGGAACAUUAUCGUUUGUGGGUGCACCCGACAAGCCCGUUGAACUUCCUGCUUUUCCCUUGAUUUUCGGCAAGAGAACUGUGAAGGGUAGCAUAAUAGGGGGAAUUAAAGAGACACAGGAGAUGAUGGAUCUGUGUGGCAAAUACAACAUCACAUGCAACAUUGAAGUCAUAAAACCAGACCAAAUUAACGAAGCCCUUGAUCGCCUUGCAAGAAACGAUGUCAGAUACCGCUUUGUAAUCGACAUUGCCGGGAGUUUAUCCAAUAUUCCUUAAAGCCAUGGAAGCUGAGCUCGUUUGGCUGGCUCUCCACAACAUGUUUCAUGCUUUCCCAGAAAGUUGAUUGUUCCAAUCUGUAAGACUAUAAGCUUCGUUCAUCCCAAUAAAGGCAAAACUGCUCAUGCUUUUGUUGAAAUAAAUUUCGGGACCUAGUUGAAUGAUUUCUUAUAUAAGACCUUAUCUGUGCUGUAUUUCUAUGUGGAAAUCCAAGAGUAAAAGCAAAGAUCCUGGGCAAA